AUGGGUCAGGUUCAGUCGGCAUUCGACCCGGACAACACAAACAGCAGCAACGCGCCAGUCGGCUACAUCGUCCCGGCCUUUCCGUCGCUGUACGUCCCCUCCGUUGCAUCCACGAUCCAGCAGAGUGGAUACUUUCUGCAUGAUGCCUACGCCAUCUGGCGGUUUACAUUCUACUGGACCCUCAUCCUCCUCCUCGGCACGUUCUGGGCCGUCGCAGCCCUCGCGUCCUUCAACCUCCUCCUCUCCCGGACGCUGUUCAGCAGGAAGCCCAAUGCGGGCAUGACAGAAACCGGUACAGCCGGGGGCAGCACGGGCGCGGCAGCAGGGUCGGCACGGGCGACGAGUCUCGGCGACGCGGCGCUCGCGGGUCUGCCGCUGCCUCGGCGGGCGCGGCGCAAGAUGAGCAAGUACGCGUCGCGUAAACGCCCGCCCAUGUGGCUCAUUGCGUUUAUCCCGCUCGUGAUGGGGUUUAUAGCGACGUCUGUCGCGCUCGUGAGCGGCACAGUGGUGGGGUUUGCGCUCGCGGCGGUGUAUUCGGCUGCGGGGUUCAGCAUGUCGACUUGGGUGCCGUUCAUGUGGGGUAUGAUCCAGGUCGUGGUCCUCAUCAUUUCAUCGUACUCGUCUCUCACUCGCGUCUUGUAA